AGAGGGGUGGGACUUCCGGUCCCUCGUUUCCGGCCGUGGCGCUGCGGCGGUCGGUGUGGCACCGCUGCUUGGCCCGUUCCGCUCUGUGUUCUCCCUGCUGCCCCUACCGCCGCCGUUGCUGCUGCCGCCGCCGCUCCGUCUCCCCGUUAUGCAGCGCCGCGAUGACCCCGCUGGCCGUAUGGGCCGCGGGCCGGGCCCCGGUGGUGCCCGCCAAGGGGGUCCUCAGCAGCGGCGACCACCCCGAGGAGGGGGGGGGGCGUGGGAACGCUAGCGGGACGCAGCCACCACCGCUUCUGCCGCCCGGCUCUACGGCAACCGGCUCGUCCGGUCAGGCCUCCUCCGGUAAUCCCGCUCCGCUGCUGAGCGGGUCUGCUACCAAGAUGGAGCCCGAGAACAAGUACCUGCCCGAGCUGAUGGCCGAGAAGGACAGCCUCGACCCGUCCUUCACUCACGCCAUGCAGCUCCUCACAGCAGAGAUUGAAAAGAUUCAGAAGGGUGAAACAACAAAGAAGGAUGAGGAGGAGAACUACCUGGAUUUAUUUUCCCACAAGAACAUGAAACUGAAAGAACGAGUUCUGAUCCCUGUCAAACAGUACCCCAAGUUCAACUUUGUUGGAAAGAUUUUGGGACCUCAAGGCAACACCAUCAAGAGACUUCAGGAAGAAACUGGUGCUAAGAUAUCUGUGCUUGGGAAAGGUUCGAUGCGAGACAAAGCAAAGGAGGAAGAGCUACGUAAAGGGGGAGACCCUAAAUAUGCUCACCUGAAUAUGGACCUGCAUGUCUUCAUUGAGGUUUUUGGACCCCCAUGUGAAGCUUAUGCUCUGAUGGCUCAUGCCAUGGAAGAAGUCAAGAAGUUCCUUGUCCCAGACAUGAUGGAUGAUAUCUGUCAGGAGCAGUUCUUGGAGCUCUCCUACCUGAACGGUGUCCCAGAGCCAACUCGCGGCCGAGGAGUCCCUGUGCGGGGAAGGGGAGCAGCUCCACCACCACCUCCACCUGUUCCAAGGGGCCGUGGGGUUGGUCCUCCCCCUCCUCCUCCUCCUCCACCUCGGGGAGCCCUUGUGCGAGGAGCCCCGGUGAGGGGUGCCAUUGGCAGGGGAGCUGCUGUAGCCCGUGGAGUGCCUCCUCCCCCAGCAGUCCGAGGUGCUCCUGCACCCAGAGCACGUGCAGCUGGCAUCCAGAGGAUACCACUUCCUCCUCCUCCUCCUGCUCCAGAAUCCUAUGAGGAAUAUGGCUAUGAUGAUGCCUAUGCAGACCAGAGCUAUGAGGGCUAUGAAGGCUACUACAGCCAGGGCCAAGGGGACACAGAAUACUAUGAUUAUGGACACGGGGAGGCACAGGAUACCUAUGAACCUUAUGGUCAAGAUGACUGGAAUGGAACCAGACCCUCCCUGAAGGCUCCACCAGCCAGGCCAGUGAAAGGCUCCUACAGAGAGCAUCCUUAUGGACGUUAUUAAACCACCACCACCAACAACAACAACAACAACAAAAGCAAACCAAACCAAACAAAAACCCCAACAAAGAUGAGGGGGUGGAAAAAAAUAAUAACCCCCAGCAGUUAUGAGCAAACCCAGAGUUGUUAACUGAUUCUUGUACCUCCCAGGAUUCCUGUUGCUUUACCCACAGCAGACAAGUAAUUGUCUCCCUCUUUUUUUUUUUCCCUUCAUGGCCCUUUUUUUUCCCCUCCUCCCCCCUCCUUUCCCCACUCCAUCCUCACUUUGCAUUCUGCCUUUUGUCUGUAGUCUUUUUAAAAGGAGGAGUUUCAACAGAUUUAGAGGCCAAGGCUUUUAUUUCUCUUUCCUUUCCCUGUGGUUUGUGGUUUUUUUGCUGUGUAUUUUUUUUUAAGUGUGUAAAUUGCUUUUUCUUUUCCUCUCUCUUUGUUGCUUAGAUAAAAACCCAAACCCACAACUGUACCUUUUUUAAUAAAACCCACAAAGCCCAAAAAAAAAAACCCAACCCCAAAAACCAACCCAAACAACCCCAAAAACAAACACUCCCCCAAACAAAACCAACCCUCCCCCUUAAAAAAAAACAUGCAGGGAAAAAAAAAAAGGGUUAAAAAAGGAAGAAUCAACCCCAAAAUGUUCAUGAAAUGCUUUGCUUUUCAGUCUGAUAAAUGUUAACCUUUUCAGUUUGGGUUUUUAUUUGCUUUAAUUCACCCCUAAAAGCUGCUAGGUGCAGAAUCCCCCCCCAAAAAGUAGGCUACAUUUCAAAAGUCAGGAUUGGUCUUGUUUGGUAGAAGCAUUAAAGAAAAACCCAACCAAAACAACUCCCCCCAACAAAAAACAAAGCCUCUUAAUGCUGAGGGCAAGCUGCCACUGUUUAAAAGUAACCUCAGAGGUCAAAGUAACCUUUUAAAACCCAAAAAAAAAACACAUCCAGAUGGUUGGGGAAGCUUAAGUUUCAAUUUUAAUACAAAGGAGCCUGAAAACAAAUGAAAUGGGUUUUGUUUUUAAAGGGGAAGAAAAGGUGAAUGGACUUAAAUUGCCUAAAGGUGAAUUGACUUAAAUUGCUUAAAGGUGAAUUGACUUAAAUUGCUUAAAGGUGAAUUGAUUUAAAUUGCUUAAAGGUGAAUUGACUUAAAUUGCCUAAAGGUGAAUUGACUUAAAUUGCUUGCAGGUGAAUUGACUUAAGAUGCUUAAAGGUGAAUUGACUUAAAUUACUUAAAGGUGAAUUGACUUAAAAUGCUUAAAGGUGAAUUGGCUUAAAUUGCUUAAAGGUGAAUUGACUUAAAAUGCUUAAAGGUGAACUGACUUAAAUUGCCUAAAGGUGAAUUGACUUAGGUUGCUUGCAGCUGAUUUGACUUAAGAUGCUUGCAGGUGAAUUGACUUAAAAUGCUUAAAGGUGAACUGACUUAAAUUGCCUAAAGGUGAAUUGACUUAGGUUGCUUGCAGGUGAAUUGACUUAAGAUGCUUGCAGGUGAAUUGACUUAAGGUGCUUGCAGGUGAAUUGACUUAAGAUGCUUGCAGGUGAAUUGACUUAAGGUGCUUGCAGGUGAAUUGACUUAAGGUGCUUGCAGGUGAAUUGACUUAAGAUGCUUGCAGGUGAUUUGACUUAAGAUGCUUAAAGGUGAAUUGACUUAAAUUGCCUAAAGGUGAAUUGACUUAAAUUGCCUAAAGGUGAACUGACUUAAAUUGCCUAAAGGUGAAUUGACUUAGGUUGCUUGCAGGUGAAUUGACUUAAGAUGCUUGCAGGUGAAUUGACUUAAGGUGCUUGCAGGUGAAUUGACUUAAGGUGCUUGCAGGUGAAUUGACUUAAAUUGCUUGCAGGUGACUAAAGUCAAGUCACCUUUAAGCCAUUUAAGUCAAGCUGCUUAAAAGUGACUUAGGUUGCUUGCAGGUGAAUUGACUUAAUUCACCUUUAAGUAGCUUAAAUUGCUUGCAGGUGAAUUGACUUAAUUCAAUUCACCUUUAAGUAGCUUAAAUUGACUAAAGGUGAAUUGACUUAAAUUACUUACAGGUAAAUUGACUUAAGCCACUUAAAGGUGAGUUGACUUAAGCUACUUAAAGGUGAAUUGACUUAAAUUGCUUAAAGAUGAUUUGACUUAAGAUGCAUAAAGGUGAUUUGACUUAAAUUGUUUACAGGUGAAUUGACUUAGGUUGCUUAUAGGUGAGUUGACUUAGGUUGCUUAUAGGUGAGUUGACUUAGGUUGCUUAUAGGUGAAUUGACUUAGGUUGCUUAUAGAUGAGUUGACUUAAAUUGCCUAAAGGUGAAUUGACUUAAAUUGCUUGCAGGUGACUAAAGUCAAGUCACCUUUAAGCAACUUAAGUCAAGCUGCUUAAAAGUGACUUAGGUUGCUUGCAGGUGAUUUGACUUAGGUUGCUUGCAGGUGAUUUGACUUAGGUUGCUUGCAGGUGCUUUGACUUAGGUUGCCUGCAGGUGCUUUGACUUAGGUUGCCUGCAGGUGCUUUGACUUAGGUUGCCUGCAGGUGCCUUGACUUAGGUUGCCUGCAGGUGAUUUGACUUAGGUUGCCUGCAGGUGCCUUGACUUAGGUUGCCUGCAGGUGCUUUGACUUAGGUUGCCUGCAGGUGCCUUGACUUAGGUUGCCUGCAGGUGAUUUGACUUAGGUUGCCUGCAGGUGCUUUGACUUAGGUUGCCUGCAGGUGCUUUGACUUAGGUUGCCUGCAGGUGCCUUGACUUAGGUUGCCUGCAGGUGCUUUGACUUAGGUUGCCUGCAGGUGCUUUGACUUAGGUUACUUGCAGGUGACUUGACUUAGGUUGCCUGCAGGUGCUUUGACUUAGGUUACUUGCAGGUGACUUGACUUAGGUUGCUUUGACUUAAACCCAACUAAGUAGGUUUGCAAAAGAAAAAGCCACAAACCCACCCCAAACUUGACUUUUCCUUACGUGGGUUUUGAAAUCUAGCCCCAAAAGAUGCUGUGUUGAGAGGUGCUUGAGGCAAGCUGAAGUUUUGUCUUGUUAAAAAUAAAAAGGGGGGACUCUGAGGUUGGUUCUGUCUGAAGAACUUUUAAAGGAGGUGGGGGAGGGGGAAUAAACUCAAUUUAGGUUUCCAGCUGUGGCUUUAACAGCCUUAACGUUUGAUAUUAGCUGACAGAGCGGUGCCUGAGUAGGGUUGGAGCUCUUCAACCCUUUCCUUCGGCUACCAUUUGGGGCAGAUCAAAGAAUGCAAAUGUCCCCAGCUGUCAGGAUUAACAAACCCCCUCCCUACCCUUGGCUUUGUUUCAAGUGCAUCUCAACACUGCCUAAAAAAAGGGACACUGCAGCUGAAAACAAAACCCAAAAGAGACAAAAUUUAAGAGAAGGGGAGGGGAAGGAGGGGAGGUGGUGGUUGGGGCUGGGGGUGGGGGGGGAGAGAAAUUCCAACCUUUGUACCUAGGAUAAAGUCCUUUAACUGAAUUUGUGCACUGUCCUCCCACUCUUGUUCUGGAAGAUUUAAAUGCUACAUGUGUAAAGUCUGCCUAAAUAGGUAGCUUAAAACCUUGUCAAAGGGAAACCAAAAUUGUCUGCCGCAGUUUUGUCAAUAAAGUUCAGUCCUUUUUUAAUCAAA